UCGGAGAAACAUCUCAUGUAUAAAGCGAAAGGGUUUUCAAUUGCAACUUAGAAAAUAACAUACAGCAAGCAUGCCUGUUUUAACUGUUGUCGCCCUUUUGAUCAAUUUUGGCCUUGGUGUGAUGUCAGAACGUUGUUCUUUUUCAACAAGUCUUGGCUAUAACGGAAGAUUCAACAGUCCAAAUUAUCCUUUCAAAUAUCCAAAUCGUACUUCACGAUGUUGGCGUCUAGAUUCUUCGUCAUCAAAUUACGUAAUUCACCUCACCGCGUCGUCACUAAAAUUAGAAAGUUGUCCAUUUUGCUCAUGUGAUUCAAUUGAAAUAUUUGACGGCUAUUCCGAGUUUUCCAGAAGUCUUGGAAAGUAUUGUGCUGGUAAUAUUGAUUUGACGUCAUCUGGACGCUACUUCUAUGUCAAGUUCACCUCUGAUAAUUCAAGAAAUGGCGAUGCGUUUACAAUUUUCUACUCUAGAAGAAAAGGUUAA